AUGGGUAACUCACAGACCAAGGAGGCGCGUUCCACUGCUCCGCUGCGUCGCCGCAGCCAUCAAUGGCCUCCCGCAGGCACUUCCGGUGGCUCCGAGCGCUCGCCAUAUCAACACGGUGGCCGUUCCAGAGGCAGCGGACCAGACCUUUCCAUUCUUGGGAUCGGCUCCAGUCACAGUCGGGAUCGAGAUAUCGCAGCCCUGGAGCAUCGACGAGAGACAAAACAGGAGCGAGAAGCACGCCGCCUGGAGAGGGAACGCACGGCCCGUAUCAAGGAACGGGAACGCAGCAUGAAGGAAGAACAUGUAGACGGAGGCUACUUGGUGACACAAGGAGUAUAUGUAGGGACGGAAGACUUCAGCAAGGCGGUCGUGCGGCAAUUGAUGAUUGAACGCCGCAUGGCCCCAUUCUGGAGAGGCUUGAACGAUUUUUCCGACUCGUGGGCGGAACAUCAGCUCAUGGCAGCUGCACGGGGCAUGCCCAUUCCCCCACCGGAUGAGAUUCCCCCAGAGCUGGAAUACAAGCUGCCCAGGCCCGUUGAAACCAAACAGCCAGCGGAUCCAGCCAACAUCCAGCACUUGACGGUGCCCAUAACGGCACGUUCUCAGUCCUACAACUCUGACGUUUCACAAAGUUCCACCCACGCUCAGCCCCCGGUCGCGUCCGGCACAUCCACUUCACCUCUCUUCCGGACAAGGGCAAAGACCCUCGCGGCGCUGACAACAUCCUCUCGACACAGCUCGCAGACAGAUCUGACUCCGCGAGAGCUGCAGCUCCCAAAGGACCCGUUUGUCAACGGACAGCCAAUCGAGGUGUAUCUGUACAAAGAUGCGAGCGAAUGCCCCAUCUGCUUCCUUUACUAUCCUCCAUACUUGAACCGUACCAGAUGCUGUGACCAACCCAUCUGCUCCGAAUGCUUCGUUCAGAUCAAGCGUCCAGACCCCCACCCUCCAGAGCACGCAGACCCCAAUGCCCCCCUCCCGCCGAGGCCCGAGUCCGUCGAAGGCCAACUAGUUUCCGAACCCUCCGCGUGUCCCUUCUGCGUUCAACCUGAAUUUGGAAUAACCUAUGCGCACCCCCCGUUCCGCCGCGGCUUGACCUACGCCGCAGAUCCCAAUAUACGCCCUUCUCCACACAUCACUUCGCCAGUGUCAUCUACUUCUUCAUUAUCAUCUGCAAAUCUCGGUGCUCCCAUUCCGGGCCGCCGACGCGCCACCUCGUUAUCCGCUACUGACCCAUCUGUGGUCACGACUGACCGUGUCCGGCCCGACUGGGCCCAGAAGCUAGCGAACGCCCGAGCACAUGCAGCCCGGCGGUCUGCAGCUGCAACCGCUCUGCACACCGCGGCGUAUCUAAUGAACUCAAACGGUUCUGGGGGCGACUCCCGUGGGUUCAGUCUGGCACGCCGAGGAAUGCGAAGAGCUACUGCAGACGAAUCACCCGGCGGGCGAACCGGCUCACCUGCACUUAAUGCGUUGGCUUUUUUAACCGAACGAGCGGAGAGGGCAGCUCCCGCGCGCGGAGCUGGACCUCCUGAACUGGACACUGGUGAGGAAGAAUCGGGAACCUUGGCUCCGCCGCGUGGCAGCUCCAGACGUACCCGCAUCGAUGAUUUGGAGGAGAUGAUGAUGAUGGAAGCGAUUCGACUGAGCUUGGCCAGCGAAGAGGAGCGCCGGAAAAGGGAAGAGAAGGACAUCAAGAAAGAGGCCAAGCGGAGGGAGAAGGAAGCCAAAAAGGCGGACAAAGUGGCGCGCAAGACUGGUCUGUAUAGUCAAAGUGUCAGCACCUCAGCAUUGGAUAUACCCGGAAUGGGGUCAGGAAAGAUGGCCAGCAGCGCCUCUUCAAUCGAUCGUGGCGACGCCACCGCAGCGGGCAAAGGCAAGGCAGUCGAUCGAGUGCCCCCAGCUGCAGAGGACCCGAAUCUGUCUUCUCCCGCGAACAGCGCCAAUCCAGCAGAGCCGACCUCUACAUUCCAGGCCAUCGAGCAGUCUGCAGCUCCUGAGGGGUCACGGCCUUCCCAUCUACGACAUGUAUCGACAUCCUCCUCCUUCUCUUCUGUGAUAGAAACGACCCCAGAGGAUCGCACCGGAUGCCCUUCCUCUGCUGAUGGAAGUAGCAACCCUUCUCUCGAGCCCAUGUUCAACUUCCGAAGCCUAGCCGCUAUCAUCGGCGACGAAGAGAAAGGCGACGAGUCUGCGGAGCAUAUCGAGGACACUUCUCCGAGGCCGCAAGCCGAGGGAUCCGCCUCUAGCGCAGCGCCCUCCGUUCACCAGCCGUCAUCGGAGACAACAGAGACAGCCGCGUCGGAGCUGACGGCGCCCGCCGCUGAACCUCCCGUCGGUGUGCCCGGCGCCCAUGGGAUAUUACCCAAAGAGCUGGAGACUCGCUCCGUUGAGAUCACCAACGCUCCGGAGAAUCCGGAGGCACCCUCUUGUUGA